CCUUUUUUCCAAUUGUAUUUCGAGUGCAGCCUGAAUAACAAUUCAUUGGCCCCCAUCUAUAUUGUAAUUUAGCCAUGGGAGGUAGAGGAAGCAAAAAUUAAACUUCCAUUGUUGCAUCAGUAUUCACCAUUGUUUCCACCACAAAUCAUCUUGACCCUAAAGUAAUGUUAGUAACAAACUCCUCACUCACCCAAAUCUGCUAGUUUCUAUCUUGGUUUAGAACCAAAUGCAGAACUCUCUCUGUCUUGGUCUCGCCCUUUGUCUGCCAUUCUCCAAUUUGCAAGUUCAAUGACAUAAACAUAUAUAUCAAAAUCAUUUGGAAAACAGGGUUUUCUCUUCUUCUUUUCCUUCUAUUUAAUUGAUUAAUUUUCUGUUUGAAAGAUCUUUAGAUUUGGUUUGUGAAAGUAUUGUUGAAUGCUCAGACUGCUCACAGCUGUCUCAAGAGGUCUUGAAGAGAAGGCCCCUAAGAAACCUGCAUCAAAAGCUACUGAAAAGAAAGGGGAAACUGUUGAAGUAGCUAAAUAAGAGCCCCUUGAUCCUGUGGCUGAGAAACUUCGCCAACAAAGCACAUUUCAACUCCCAUUUCAAUAUUCAAAAAGAAGAAAAAGGGUUUCAUAGUGAGCUCCUCUAUCAGUUGCCUGCUGCAUUUCAUUGUUCAAAACAAUAAGGUUUGAAUGCAGAAGUCGUAAAAAUGGAAUGUGUUGUUCAAGGAAUUAUAGAGACACAGUACGUUGAAGCACUCGAAAUUCUACUUCAGGGUCUUUGUGGGGUUAAUAAAGAACGCUUAAGAGUCCAUGAAAUUUGCCUUAAAAGUGGCCCAAAUCUUGGAUUUGUUGCUUCAGAGGUCAGAUUAUUGUGUGAUCUUGAGCAGUCUGAACCUACUUGGACUGUUAAACAUGUUGGGGGUGCAUUGAGGGGUGCUGGGGCAGAGCAAAUUUCUGUUCUGGUUAGGAGUAUGGUAGAAAGCAAAGCAAGCAAGAAUGUGCUUCGAUUAUUUUAUGCACUCGGAUACAAGUUGGAUCAUGAGCUGCUGAGAGUGGGAAUCACCUUUCAUUUCCAAAGGGGUGCUCAGAUAACAGUAACUGUUUCAUCUGUUAAUAAGAUGCUAAAACUGCACGCAACCGAUGAGGCUGUGCCAGUAACACCUGGUAUACAGCUGGUAGAAGUGACCGCCCCUGCAACAUCGGAAAAUUAUAAUGAAGUCGUUGCUGCUGUGUCUUCCUUCUGCGAAUAUCUUGCACCGCUGCUGCAUUUGUCAAAGCCAGGUGUUUCAACCGGUGUUGUGCCUACGGCUGCUGCAGCUGCUGCAUCUCUUAUGUCUGAUGGUGGGGGCACAACCUUGUAACUGGAUUUGUAAAAUUGCAGAAUGUUGAUUAUGUACUUUUGCAUAGUUGAUUCAUUCUCCUCGUAUAUGGCUAUCAAACAUAAUGUCACUGUAGUUUUAAUCUCAAGACACAUGAUUAGACUGUAAAAACGAUGGGGGAAUUUAUGGAGCUUCUGGAUGGGAUGUGUACAGGUUAGUUGAGCUUUAAACACAGAA